AUGUUCGCCCGUGCGUCCUCAUAUCUAGCUCCUGUGUUCGUCGCUCUGCUCGCUCUGAGCGGGACAGUUGAGGCAGCAAAGUCACCUGCCAUCACUAGCAAGGUGUACUUCGAUAUCACCCAUGGGGGCGAACCCUUGGGCAGGAUCGUGAUGGGUCUCUACGGCAAGACUGUGCCCAAGACGGCAGAGAACUUCCGCCAGCUUACCCUCGGGCUCGACGCCGACGGCAACCCGCUCGGAUUUGGGUACAAGGGCACCUCCUUCCACCGCGUCAUCAAGGAUUUCAUGAUCCAGGGUGGUGAUUUCGAAAGGGGCGACGGCACGGGUGGCAAGUCCAUCUACGGCAAGAAGUUCCCUGACGAGAACUUUAGGCUCCGCCAUACCGGCCCCGGCGUACUCUCCAUGGCUAACUCGGGCAAGGACACGAACGGCUCCCAGUUCUUUAUCUGCACAGCUGUCACCAGCUGGCUGGAUGGCCACCAUGUCGUGUUUGGACAGGUGUUGGAGGGAAUGGAGGUGGUGCGUAUGAUCGAAAAUGUCCCCAAGGGAUACCAGGACAAGCCGAAGGACCCGGUCAUCAUCGCUGAAACUGGCGAGGCAUAUGUGGAUGAGGAGGGCGAGCAGGUGCCUUUCCACGUCGAGCUGUAA